AUGGCUGACAGCCUAUCCAAACUCCUAGAGGGAGAAUACACGACCUCGGAUGGUCCCGUAUACUUCCUAUCUCUCCCGCAUCCCUCAACGGAGUCCAAGGAACAGUUCAACAUUACGCUCAACGAAGACAACUGGAUGACACCGCUCAUCGCUUACCUCCGGAGCGGAACUCUGCCAAACGAGCAUAGUAAAGCCCGACAGGUCAAGGCACAUGCAGCCAAAUUCUUCCUACAAGGCGAUGUUCUCUACCGUCGAAACUUCGACUCCCCCAUUCUCAAAUGCGUCGAUGACGACGAAGCAACAUACUGCAUGCGGGAAGUUCACGAGGGCAUAUGCGGGGAUCACAUGGCGGGCAAGGCCCUUACACAUAAAAUCCUGCGCCAAGGAUACUAUUGGCCAACCAUGGCAAAGGACUGCAAGCCUUUGUCAGAGCGUGCCACCAAUGCCAGCUUUUCAGCAACGUCCCACGCGCAGCCCCCGCAAUCCCAGUUUCAAUACUCUCCCCUAUCCCGUUCGCUGUGUGGGGGAUCGACAUUAUGGGACCAUUCCCCAAAGCCCGCGGGGAACUCCAAUUUGUCAUGGUGGCCAUCGAUUAUAUGA